GUUCUGGUGAAUCGAUUCUGAGAUUAGCUACCAGAACAAAUAGUAAAACAACAUCGUUUGCAAAGUGUUUUUUCAAAUCACGCAAAUAAAGUUACAUAGCCACAGAUGCAGGGUCCGAUUCUGGUAAAGUUGAUGCUUUGUUUCGACACUUUUGGCAUAAUAAUUUUAAUGACAUUUUUUCGGUAUAAAAACUAUAAUAAUUUAACAAUAUCAACAAUAAAGUUUUUAUUUAUCUAUCUAUCCAAUUGGAGACGAAUCAUAUCGAGCGAUGGAUUUGGCAGAACUGUGGGCGAUUUUCGGACCCGGAUUCUCCGGCGCCGUUUUCGGAACCGGGUGGUGGUUUUGGGUCGACGCCGUCGUUUGCAGUUCCAUCCAAGUUCCCUUCGUCCAUUACCUUCCCGGCAUAUUCGCUUCUCUCGGAGCUUUGAUGUUCAAUUGCGUCAGAAAAGAAGACAUUGAUUACUCUCCUUACGACGAAGGCGAGUGGAGAUUGAAGCUGUGGCUUUUCAUAGCGUAUGUCGUAGCAUUUGUUUCCUUAGCUGCUUCUGUUGGCUUGCUGAUUCAAGAUUCGGUUGUGAAGACUGGGCCUUCAACUUGGACUGGUGUGGCUGGUGUCUUUCAAUGUGUAUUUGUAUUGAUAAGUGGGCUAAUGUAUUGGACAUCGCACUCAGAGUAGCGCACAGGCACAUACUUCAUCUCCGACUCAGAUUCAUACUGUGACAACUUACAAGUUCCUCUCGUUUCUCUACUAUGUAAAUUCCUGUGUCUUGUCUUGUCACCUUGGCAUUGUGUGCGAGAUUCCUCUGUUGCAUCAGUGUGUGUUUCUGUUAAAACUUUGUGUGAAUGUUAUUGAAAAUACUCCAAAUCAAUCAGUUGUCCAAAGAGAACGCAAAUAGGCAA